AUGAAGCAGUGGUUCCAGUUUUUGGAGGAGCAGGACGCACAGGGCAUUGCUCUCCCAACAACACUGCUAUUUUCCUUGCUAGCAUGCCACCCAUGUUCGGCUGACUACGAAGCACAGCGGCACUGGAUGGAGAUCACAACGCACCUGGCGCCAUCAGAGUGGUACUUCUACGACCUACAGUACUGGGGGCUGGACUACCCGCCGCUGACAGCGUUCCAGAGCUGGCUCUGCGGGGCAGUGGCCAACCUUAUCGAUCCGUCAUGGGUAGCGCUGCUCCAGUCCCGCGGAAUUGAGACAGCAGAGAGCAAGAUGUUUAUGCGGGCCUCUGUGAUUGCGUUUGAGUUUGCCAUAUACGUGCCGGCAGUGGUGGUGCUGUUCAUGUCAAGGCAUCAGAAGGUGUCUCGGUGCUUAUCCAAGCCGUGUCUGACGCUGAUUGACAACGGGCACUUUCAGUACAACUCGGUGAUGCUCGGGCUCCUGGUGUGGAGCGUGUGCUUUGCCAUGCAAGGCCGCUACGUGGCCAUGGCAAUUGCGUUCUCGUGCUCGCUGCUGUUCAAGCAGAUGGCUCUCUACUAUGCGCCAGCGGUCUUUUUCUAUCUGCUAGCAAAGUGCUUCCAGCGCAGGCACGGGCUGGCCCUGUUUAUUAAGCUCGGCGUAGCAGUGGUGGCGACAUUUGCGGUAGUGCUCAGCCCAUGGAUUACGUCGCCGGACCAGCUUAUGCAGAUUCUGGUGCGCGUGUUCCCUGACAAGGUGGCCAACAUCUGGUGCGCUGUGAAUGUCGCGGUGAAGCUCCGUGCCAACUGCAACGCUGGCUACGGCUACCGGCUUUCCUGCCAUCAUGUCUGCAUUUGUUUGUCAGCGUCAGACGGCUGCAAUCUAACAGCUCGGCUGCCGACACAACGACGGCUGCUGUCGUACGCGCUGGUCAACUCGUCGCUGGCGUUCUUCCUGCUCUCGUUCCAGGUGCAUGAGAAGAGCAUUCUGCUGCCAUUGGCGCCAGCGCUGCUUCUGAUCAACGACGAGCCUUGGGCUGUCGACUGGUUUGUGCAGAUCGCGCUGUUCAGCAUGUAUCCGCUACUGUUCAAGGACGGUUUGCAAAUCCCCUACUGGGUCAUGGCUGUUGGCUGGGCAUUCCUGCGCAGCUGUCCAGCGUGCCCGUCCGACAAGGCGCGUGUCCCGUUGCUGGUGAUGGCCCUGCAGUGGAUCUCGUGGGCCGUCAUGGCUGGUCUGCACAUUGCCAAUGCAUAUGUGCCUCCGCCUAGCGCGCUGCCCGACCUCUAUGCGGUACUGAAUGUGCUGUUCAGCUGCGCCAUGUUUGUGCUGUUCCUCGUGUACUUCAACUAUCGCCAGUUCACUGCGCUUGUCGCCGCAACAGAAGCAAAAGACAGAGUAAAGGUUACUUUUCGAGAGUUGGAAUAG